CUUGGAGAGUGCACGUUAAAUGCCAUCGCUGCACCGCGUCUUCCGACAAGUAUAAGCGCCUUACUCAAACAAAAUGAUCGUUCCUCACACUGAUCCUGCUUCGAAGCCGAAGCCUUACAAGAGAAUCAUAUUUUACCAUCAGACGCAUUACAAAGACGAUAAAUACAUCUCACUUCAACCUUCAAUUCUCCCAGCCACCGGAGUCACACACGUCAUUAUCGCGGCUAUCCACCUCAACACGCCUGAGCGCAUCACCCUCAACGAUGAUCUAUAUGAUGCAGACAAGUUUAUUCCCCUCUGGGAUGAAGUCCGUCAACUUCAAGAAGCCGGUGUAAAAGUUCUCGGCAUGCUUGGAGGCGCAGCUCAAGGGUCAUACACCAAAAUGGACGGGUCGCUGGAGGGUUUUCACAGAUGGUAUCAACCUCUGCGCAAGAUGAUCGCGUGGGCGGGUUUCGACGGACUAGACCUCGAUAUUGAAGAGGCCAUGUCGCUUGGAGGCGUUGUCCGUCUGAUUGAUCACCUCAAGACAGACUUUGGACAAUCCUUCCUCAUCACCCUCGCGCCCGUCGCACCAGCUUUGCUUAACAGGCAGAAUCUCGGAGGCUUCAACAUGGAAGAGCUCGAAAAGGGACUUGGCUCGCGAAUCGCGUGGUACAACACGCAAUUCUACUGCGGCUGGGGUGACAUGAGUAAAACACACGACUACGACACGAUACUUGCGCGCGGCUGGCCGCAGGAAAAAGUCGUCAUCGGGCUAGUAACAAGCCCGGAAAAUUGCUCCGGACACGUAAAAGAAGCAAAGCUGCGCGCGUGUCUCAAAGAGUUGGUGAGCAGGUACCCGAGGAUCGGAGGAAUAAUGGGCUGGGAGUAUUACAAUAGUGUCACGGAGGCAAGCCCUCAGAUCGGGGAGCCGUGGAAGUGGGCCGAGAUGAUCAAUGACAUGUUGAAUGGUGCAUAGAUCGAGGGAGGAAAUGGUCCUAGCGAGUGAUCGGAUCGAGGGAGAAGCAAAAAAAUAUGAGGGUCAUGAUGGAGACUUGUCAUGAUAUAUCUAUGACGACAACCGUGCGCCACGUCGAUCAAGGGCACGCGACCAUUUCUACAAAACCCCAGAUUUCUUUUUAAUCCUAGAUCUCGUAUCUUUUCAAUUUAGAUCUAGGUACCAACUUUAUUCAUUUGUUGCCAAGAAUAA